CAGUGAUGUCACGCUAUACCAACGGUGAGGUCGUCUCCUGUAAAUAAUAAAUGUAGUUUAUGUAUGCUGCGUUAUAGCGUAUUGUUUGAAGUUUUUUUUAAUAUAGAACCAAUAUCUAAAUGCUUUUAGUUCAUUUUACUUGGUGGCAGUCCUCUGCCCGCAUCUUAACCAGCUCUCACGGCUAACUUUAGCCUGACACUCAGCUGUUUUGAACGCUAGCGUUAGCUGGCUAGCAGUUGAGCUAGCAGAGGUUAUAGCAGAAGGAAUUUAUUAUGCUUUUAGAAGCCACUUUCUAACUGAUGGAUGUAUGAAAUGAUCUGUCAGUCACCCACAGCCUCCGAGUAACCUGUCUUGUCUUGAAGACCGCCAGUCAAGCUUGUCUUGGCACUGGGCCCCCAGUCUGCCAUGCAGCCAUGAGCUCUGCCCUGUGGGAGAAGCCUAGUGGGGGCUUCAGGGAGGACUGGCGUUUCUACAUGGUUUUGAAGGAAUGCACUGUGGAGAAGCCCACCCAAAAGACCCUGAGGAUUCCCCGUGGAAGCCUCGGCCAAGCCUGCCAGGAGCGCAACAGCCUGGGGCGCACGCUGCCCCCAUGUAAGGGCAAGAAGAGCCUUCGGAUCCUGGACCAGACCAAUGUGGUGCUGAGCCUGGAUGAGCGGGACGUGGUGGAGCUGGAUGAGAAACUGGCUGAGCUGCUGUUCCCUAUCACUAACUGUGAGGAGCGAUGCAACUUGCUCUGCGACGAGGAGCGGCUCGAACGGGUCCGAGACAUCGACUGCGGCUCAAAGGUGCGCGUGCAGCUGCGCUCAGGGGAUGAACCUCUGCCUGGAGUGGUCCGCUUCAAAGGCUCACUGCUUCCUGACAGAGCCCUGUCUGGAAUCUGGUUUGGAGUGGAGCUCCUGGAGGAGGGUCGGGGUCAGGGCUUCACGGAGGGCUCCUACCAGGGUCGACAGCUCUUCCGUUGCGAGGAGGAGUGUGGCGUAUUUGUGGCAUUGGACAAGCUUGAACUCUGGGAGGAUGAUGAUGACGAAGGUUUGGGCCCACUGGAGGAGAAUCAGGUUAGACUGGAGGACGACCAAGACUAUGCUCCGCUGGAGAUCAACUCCAGGGUGGUGCUGAGAGAGGAACCCGAGAGAGGAACCGUCAUUUUUUGUGACCUGCUGCCAGGGAACGAGAGCCUGGGUUACUAUGUGGGAGUUGACAUGGACAAUCCUAUCGGAGACUGGGAUGGCAUGAUUGAAGGGAAGCUGGUGUGUGAUUUUGCCAGUUUGGAGCACACUCGACUUGUUCCCAUUGGUGACGUAAUGCCAGAAUAUUCCAUGCAGGACCAAAGGCUGCCAAAGCACAGUUUUGCCCCCAGAGGCAACGACAAAUCAUCCUCUGGCCAAAGCAAACCAAAGAGCAAAGGAUUAGCUCAUCAGUGUGGCGGUAGAAGCAAGUCUGACUUUUACUAUACUUUAAAUGGGAGCUCUCUUGAUCCCCCAGCCCAGCCAAAAUCCAAAAGCACAUGGUACAUUGAUGAAGUUGGAGAGGACCCUGCCAAGUCGCUCACCGACACCCCUCCAGAAUUCAAUCAGUCCUCUCCCCCCACCAGAGCCCCGCCCUCUUCUUCGCUGUCAAGUGACAACAAGUUCCACUCACUGCCCUUCAGCCUGAACCGCAAGACCCCCGAGAACAUAAGCCAGGGGCCCAUCUCUCUCUCUGUCGGGUCUGUAAUGGGUGAGCAGCCCGAGCCCCCAUCGCCCGCUGCGCCUCCAUCUCCUCGGCCUCCGACGCCCCCACGAGGACAACCAGGUCUGGAGGUGGGGUCUCUGGUGGAGGUGAAGGAGAACCCCCCUCUGUGUGGCGUAAUACGCUGGGUGGGCCUGCCGCCUGGUCUGCUGGAACCUUUGGCUGGACUGGAGCUGGAAGAAGAGUGUCCUGGUUGCACCGAUGGCACCUUCAAGGGGACUCGCUACUUCACCUGCCCACCCAAAAAAGCUUUGUUUGUGAAACUGAAAUGUUGCCGGCCUGACUCCCGCUUCCCAUCCUUGCACCAUUCCUCCAACCCCAUAGAGCGGUGCAACUCUAUCGCAUUUGGUGGCUAUUUGAGUGAGGUAGUGCACGAAAACACCCCCCCACGUACUGAGAAUGAUGGUCUGGAUAUCAUGGUGGGAAAAAAGAAAGGCAUUCAAGGCCACUACAAUUCCUGCUACCUGGAUUCAACCCUCUUCUGUCUCUUCUCCUUCAGCUCUGUACUGGACACGGUUCUGCUGAGGCCACGAUCAAAGACUGAUGUGGAGUAUUACAGAGAGACUCAGGAGCUGCUACGCACAGAGAUAGUCAAUCCACUGCGCAUACACGGGUACGUUUGUGCUACAAAAGUGAUGAAGCUCAGAAGGAUCCUCGAAAAAGUAGAAGCUGCCUCGGGAUUCACUUCUGAAGAAAAAGAUCCUGAGGAGUUCCUUAAUAUCCUUUUCCAUCACAUAUUGAGGGUGGAUCCACUGCUGAAGCUGAGGUCUGCAGGUCAGAAAGUCCAAGACUGUUAUUUUUACCAAAUCUUUAUGGAAAAGAAGGACAAGGUUGGAGUUCCAACCAGCCAGCAGCUGCUGGAGUGGUCCUUCAUAACCAGUGACUUGAAAUUUGCAGAGGCUCCCUCUUGCCUUAUCAUCCAGAUGCCACGCUUUGGCAAGGACUUCAAAAUGUUCAACAAGAUUUUUCCCUCCUUAGAGUUAGACAUCACAGACCUUCUUGAAGACACUCCUAGGGAGUGCCGCAUCUGUGCAGGCCUGGCUCUCUACGAAUGCAGAGACUGUUAUGAGGACGGGGAUAUCACUGCUGGCAAGAUUAAGCAGUUCUGUGAAAAGUGCAAUACGCAGGUUCAUCUCCACCCGAAAAGAAAAGCCCAUCGACACAACAAACUGUCCGUCCCAAAGGAGCUCCAGGAAGGCCAGGGACGUCAGGGCGGCUUUCCCCGCCAGCGGAUGGAGCUGUUUGCUGUGCUGUGCAUUGAAACCAGUCACUACGUGGCCUUUGUCAAGUACGGCAGCGCAGACUCUGCCUGGCUCUUCUUUGACAGCAUGGCGGACCGUGAUGGAGGCCAGAAUGGUUUCAACAUACCGCAGGUGUCUCCCUGUCCUGAAGUGGAAGCCUAUCUGAAAAUGACCCCAGAGGAGCUGCACACCUUAGACCCCAAGAGCAUCCAGGGUCAGGCGCGACGUCUGCUCUGCGACGCCUACAUGUGCAUGUAUCAGAGUCCAACCAUGAGCCUUUACAAGUAGAUUCCUCUCCCUAAAGCCUCCGCCUUUCAUCCUCUGCUGCUCCAUCUCCACUCCUUCAGGCCUGGCGGUUCAGAGAAAGACCAGAACUUUUAUGGCCGAACUAAUAGAAGAGAAGCUGUUUGCCAGCAGGGGGCGCCAUCUGGCGUAAUCCUCUCCCUCAAAGCGGCUCAUUUCUGGAAGUUAGGGAGAUGGACGAAAGAAGGGAGAAGCCUAUUUGCACUGUGCGUUAGUUUAAAGUAUUGUGUUCCUUAUGUAGUCCUAUGUAGCUUUCAUGUGUCUCACAGCUGAGCAUCGGCAGUGGUUAAUGAAGCGAAAGUAGGCAUUAUGAGGAUUCACUCCCUGUUGAGGGAGGAUGGAGACGACGGGCUGUGGGGCGCAUUGCGUCGCAGUGGCUGACUAAACAUGUGCAACAAAAACAAAUCGAGCUUGUGGGAGGACCUUGCUCACCUCAUUUACCUUAAGAAAAGAGGAGUCCUGCUAUUCUUAAUCACUGUAAUACAUGGGAGCUUUCCAUAUCGCACAUUAAGGCAGCAACACAGUGUGGAAAACCUCACCCAGCCUCUACGUGCUGUUCUAAAAACCUUGUGCAAAAUCUCUUAGUAGCAUAGAUUUCUCCGGGUAGUAACAGUAUAAAUGUCAACUCGGUGUACAGUUGCAUUAUGACCAUGCUCUUUGUGAACUGGUUUACAUAUCUCCAUUUCAUCUGUAGAAAUGUCCUUCAAUGUAUGAUUUGCAGAAUAAGACACAGCCUUUGUAAAAGUAUCGCGCUUUGCCACAAACUUCAGCACCUUUCCGCCAUUUCCGAGUGGAACUAUCAGGAAAUGUUUACUUUUUUUUCCCGUACACUCUCCCGUUUGAAAACCUGAGUGCUAAUUUGUUGGUAGGGAGACAUCAGCGUUUUGUUACGGAAUACAAAUUUGCUCCUCUGCUGUUGCUCUAAAGAAUGGCCUGCAUUGCUAAUGCAGAGUAGGUGGUAGAUAAAUGCAUGAAAGGAGACUUGUACAAUGGCUUCUAUUGUAAAGCUGCUUGGUGGACCACUCUGUGCAUUCAUAGGGUCAAUGAGGUGAAAAACUGGAGAAGUCUGGCUGUUUUUCCUCUAAGUCGAGAGUGUGUGGUGUGAAGAAAUGCAGUGUCUCGCUCUUUGUGUUAACGAGGAAGUCUGAAUUAUGUUUUAUGUUUACAAAGCCUUUCUCCCCUCUCCUGCCUGUCCUGGCAGGCCUGAUUUCCAACGGAAGCAAAGUAUUGACUCUUGCUGCCUUUAAUGAAAGUGUGACGUGUGAUAUUUCCAGCCUGGCCCUAGAUAACAGAACAGAUCUGAUCAAAUAUUAUUUAUUAAACUCUAAUCCUAACGAAAUCAGAAAUAAUUAAACAGGGUUGAUGAUGUUGGGUACUCUUUGGCCUCUUUCACUGUAUAUUUAAGUGAGUGUUUGUACUUUAUGUUGUCUGAUAGCAACUACUGAUUGUUAACAGGGACUCAGUUAUCAGUUAACUAAGGAUGAGAAAUGAAGAGGCACAAUGGGUGUAACAUUUGAACACCAUAUAUCUGUGUAUUUAAAUAAGACAUUUUAUUAAAGAAAUAAAACUGACAAAUAUUGCUUUGAUUAUGUUCCACUUUCAGAAAACUGAAUUUAGAUCCUAAGUGGUCAACUGUUUUGUACCACACACAGAAAUCAGCAAACUACAGAUAUCAGCAUUGGAUAAAAACAGCUGAAAUCAGACUUUACAUACACUGAAUAAAACCUUUGUUCUUCACUGUGAAGACAAUAAAAUAGGUCAGUUUGGGUUUCAAUAAGUAUUUCUAUUUGCUAAACGGCAAAAAUAAUAAGUCGGUUUUUGUAAGCUUAAAUGUGGCUUUUUAUGUUGCUUUUGGACUGAUGGCUUCUUCAUGACUGCAUGGCAUUUCAGCCUAUUUAAGGAAAGUGACUUGUUUCACUUUGGAUAACAACACUGCCCAACUUCAGCCAGUUAAUUUCAGUCUUUUGCUUUUAGGCUGAUGCACAUAUUUCACCAAAACACCUUCAUCUCUUGGGCACAGAACUCGUCUCUCCCCUGAAAAAUAUGGUCUCUUUUAUUAUUUUAUUAUCAUUUGAACCCAUAAAAGUCACACCGUCUGGCAUCUGGAAAUUGUACCCAAGGAAGCACCAGACAUGUGGAGGUCUACAAUUAUCUUCCAGAACUCUUGGCUGAUGUCAUACACGUCUUUGGCAGAUGUGUGUUUGAGUGUGUUGCCUUAAAAUACAUCCACAGGUGUGCCUUGCAAGGCCAUGACAUCAUCAUAGGAGCUUCCCUAUAUAGCUUAAAGGCAUAGACACUUUUGUUCAUGUCAUCUUCUGAGUUUGAAGAAAGUAAUAAAAAAUAAUUUUUGGCCUUUAGCAUAUAGAAAUAAUUUAGGUAAACCUUGCUGACCUAAUGGAAAAAUUUUGGAAACUUUACUGUCAUGCUUUUUAUUCUGUAUGUGAAUAUUUGGCUUCAGCUAUAUGUGUUUGGGUAUUUUUCUUAACCUAAUCAUGUCUUAAUUAUGGAUUUAAAAGUAUAAAGUCAAAAGGAGGUUGAAAAAUAGCCGAUCUGUUUGGAUCUGUGGUCUUGUCCGCUGUCGCAGGGAUCCUGACAAAACAAACUUCCUGCACUGUUGGAGCUCGUUGCUGAUUAUUCACUGGCAGGACACUCUGAGUAGAGGUUGGGGUUUUUAAUGUUUUUUUAUGUUACAUCUGUACAGUGUGACAUAUGUAACGGGUGGAAGCUUAAUGUCAGUGAUGUUCCUGUAAAUGUUAACCAAAUAAAGCCCAUUUUGACGGGUA